AUGGGUGACAUCUUGGCCAAUGAAGCUGAUCUUCUUGGGAUGAUCAAGGAGUACCUCAAAUUUUAUGAAUUCGAAGAAACUGUUAGAAGCUUUGACAAGGAGUGCAAAAACAAAGGCAAACUCGUUUUUAAGCCUCAUGGAAGUACUUCCAGAGACUCAAAGACUCUCAUCAUUCAGAAGGACCUCCUUGCCUCCUUUGAUGAUGGCGACCACAAGGUUUUCUUUGACUUGUGGACAGAGAACAUUCCUUUUGAGGUCAAGGACACUGAGCCACAGGCUCAGAGACUGGAGUUCUACCUUCACAUCCACUUUGCCAUCUACCCACUGAGGAACCACUUGGGCAGACAUGACCGGGUUGAAUUUGAAGAAAGGAUAUCCCACUUCAAGCACUACCUGGAGACCCGGGGGGGAGCACUGAGCCAGACCACUGAGUUCCUGCCGUACUAUGCCCUGCCCUUUGUGCCUAACCCCAACAUCCACCCUUCCUUCAAAGACCUCUUCCAGGAUUCCUGGAUACCAGAGUUGAAAGGGAAGUUGGAGCAGUUCCUGUCAGUGACACUGAAGCCACCCAACACACCAAGGCUGCUUACUUUAUACAAGGACGGGGGGAGAAGUACCAAAGAGGCCAUACAGCAGCUGCAGCUGCAGCUGGCGGAGUCUGAGCGGCGGACAGCCAAUUACAUGAGGAGGUUCAACAAAAUGCAGGCCGACUAUCACAACCUGAUAGGAGUCACCGCCGAGCUAGUGGACUCACUGGAGGCCACUGUCAGUGGAAAAAUGAUCUCCCCCGAGUACCUCCAGAGUGUGUGCGUUCGCUUCUUCGGCAACCAGAUGAGGCAGAGUGUGGCACAGAGCGUUGACUUCACCCGGCCUGGCACCGGAUAUUACUCUAUGAGUCCCUAUGAUGACGGCUAUGCCUCCUCAAUGCUACGAGUAUCCAUUGCACCACAGAGACCGAAGGAGGUGCCCCUGCUGCCAUCUUUAGACUAUGAGAAGCUUAAAAGGGACCUGGUAGGAGGCACUGACAGACUCCAAUCGCUUCUGCUUCAGGCCCUGCGCUGGAGAUUGACUCGCACUAUCCAUGGCGAACAGAGAGACACAGUUCUGCAGGCCUACAUCAGCAACGACCUGCUUGAUCGCUACAGCAACAAACAGAAAACUGUGCUUCACUUGAUAAGAUCAAAGAAGGAGAUUGUCCGUCAAUACAUGGCCCGUCUCAUCAAUGCAUUUGCCUCCCUUGCAGAGGGUCGUGUCUACCUUUCCCAGAUCCCCUGUCUGCUGAGAUUCCUGACAGAGGCCCUCAAGAAGGAGGAGAAAGACUCUGUGACCAGAGAGAAUGUUCUAGUGGCCCUGCAGAAACUCAGCCUCAGGCGCAGUCAGCAGACGGCAAUGAUAGCAGAUGAGUUGAUUGGGUUGCUGGUGGAUGAGCUGCAGGAUUCUGACUGUCUAAGCGAUCAUACCCUAGAGUACUCCGUGGCAUUGCUCAUGAACCUGUGUCUGCGCACAAAAGGAAAAAGGAAAUGUGCUGAGGAUGCCAAGCAUGUGCUGAAGGUUCUGACUGACCUACUGGGACAUGAGAACCAUGAGAUUCGUCCAUACGUGAAUGGAGCCCUGUACAGUAUCCUGUGUAUUCCCUCUGUGCGAGAGGAAGCCAGAGAAAUGAGUCUGGAGGAGAUUCUACACUGCUACAGCAAAGAGGAGAACCCGGAGCUCAACAGACAGAUUGAGUUCAUUAUCAAACAACUCAACUCAGUUGAAGAAGAGGGGCCGGAGUCAGAUGAUGAAGAGGAAGAAGAUGAUGAUGAAGAUUUGAUGGAUACAGACCUAGAUAAAGAGGAAGUGCUCCAGCCACAGCCUAGGGAGCUGUCUGGGGAGAGCCUGCUCACCACUGAGUACCUGGGAAUCAUGACUAACAUGGCAAAGGCGAAGAGGAGGCCUGCCCCUACGCAUCAGCCGAGUGUGGACGAGCCUCUGCAGCGGCCAGUCACCCCCAGUUCUCACCGCAAUACCACCACAAUGGACUUCCAAGCUGGAUGCAAGGGGCGCAACAGCAGCACAGAGUACCCACUGAGCCGACAGAGAAGCGAGGACAGCCUGCCUCCUUCCCGAUACAGUUCACGACCUCCUACACGCUCUGGCAGCCGACCUAGCACUGCUGACUCCUUACAUCACAGCAUCAACUCAGAGUGUGGCAGUCCGUCCCAGGAGUUGGGGUUACACGGGGAAGAUGAAGAGAGAGCCAGAGAGGGAGGAGGCUCCAGAGAGGAACGAAAUGGACGUUCUGCCAGUAGUGAGCAAGUUCCUGCGUUUGCAAGCCGUCCUAUGAUUCCCCGCACACCUGACAUCAGUAUGGCAGGUAACCACAACAGUGCUCACCGGGGCAGAGAUCCACCGUUGGCUCCCCAGUUCUCCCAGUCGGAGCCCCAGCAAAGCAGGCAGCCAGCCACAGCAAGCUCCACUGGGGGAGACAGGGGACGACAAAGUGGUUAUCACUGGAAGGCAGCCUGUAUGGGGCUGCUGGGUGUUGUCAGCCUCAGUGUAUCGGUGAAUUUGUCGCUUUCUGAAGUCUGGCCGGAGGGAAGGGAACACCUACCACAUGCACGGGCUGGAGCUCCUCCAGGGCCGCUUUGGGUAAACACCUCCGCCGUAGCUGACACAGAAGCCCCUACAGCCAAGGCACCCCGUCACAGAGGAAGUGAAGAGGGAGCUGUCACCAAGGAGUGGCCCUAUCUCUCCGUGAGCAUCCAGCUUCCUGUAACAUCAUCCACCCAGGGCAUGAUCAGGGUCAGGGCAACAGGGGACCGGCAGGAGGGGUGA